AUGGCCAGUCGUGCUGGGAACGGCUUGCAUGCAGAUACAGUAGCGUCUUUGAAAAAUUAUGACAUUGCGAUUCUCACCAAGUUCAAGCCAUCGCGGUCAGAAGGGGAAGAAUGCAAUGGACCUUUAUGUGAAACUAUUUCAACUGCAGGAUCAGAAGUCCCAAGCAGCUCUGAGGGCCUAAACAGCACUGAGACUACUUUACUCAUCCCUGAACAUCGAGUGAGUGGAAGGAGAUAUAAUCUGUUCCUGAAGCGACGUCUCAGGAUUGAUAAAAGACAUGAAAGCAAAGAUUCUAUUUUCUUCAGGGAUGGUGUCAGGAGAAUUGAUUUUGUUCUCUCCUAUGUGGAUGAUCUUAAUAAGGAAUGGGAAAAAAAGUUGGAAAGAAGAAAAGAAUUUGAGAGUAAUCUGCAAAAGGCUGGUUUGGAACUAGAAACAGAAGACAAGAAGGAAUCUGAAGAUGGCAAGAUUUAUUUUGUGAAGAUCCAUGCCCCAUGGGAGGUUCUGAUCACGUAUGCAGAAGUGCUGAAUAUUAAAGUUCCCAUCAAGGAGAAUGACAUUCCCUCAACGGUGGAGAACCCCUUGGACUGUAUGCUUACACCACUCAGGCUUCCCGAGAAGGUGAUGCACCCUGAACCGGAUUAUUUCACGGCCCCAUUCAGCAAGGACAAGCAGGAGCUGUACCUCAUUAACGACGAGAACACUUUCUUCUCACCAUCCAUGAGAAACAGAAUAGUUAAUUAUAUUCUUACGCGUUGCCCAUAUGGAACAGAAGAAGGGAAGAAAAAAUUUGGAAUUAAGAGACUGCUAAAUAAUGGCACCUACUCAGCUGCAUAUCCUCUUCAUGAUUGCCAGUACUGGAAAAAGGCAAAUGAUCCAAACUGUGACAACGAGAGGUACACGCUGUACAUGGAAUGGGCCCGUUUCUUGCGGUUCUACAAAGAACAGCCUUUGGACCUCAUCAGGAAGUACUAUGGUGAGAAGAUUGGAAUCUAUUUUGCCUGGUUAGGAUUUUACACUGAGAUGCUCUUCCUUGCAGCAGUUGUUGGCUUAAUCUGUUUUCUUUAUGGCUUGUUUACAAUGGAUGAAAAUAUGAGCAGCAAAGAAAUCUGUGACCCUGAAAUUGGAGGAGAGAUCAUCAUGUGCCCUCUUUGUGACCGAGAAUGUGAUUACUGGAGACUAAACACCACCUGUGCGUCCUCAGAGUAUUCCCAUUUGUUUGACAACGUGGCAACUCUCUUUUUUGCCAUUUUCAUGGGCAUAUGGGUUACACUUUUCUUGGAGUUUUGGAAGAGACGACAAGCCAGACUGAAAUACGAGUGGGAUUUGGUUGAUUUUGAAGAGGAACAGCAACAACUCCAGCUGAGGCCUGAGUAUGAGGCAAAAUGUACCCAAAAGAAGAAGAACCCUGUAACUCAGGAGAUGGAGCCUUAUUUGCCUAUAACUAGCCAGGCUGUGCGGUUCUGUAUCUCAGGAACUACCGUGUUGUUCUGGGUGUCUCUGAUUAUAGCUAGCAUGAUAGCUGUGAUCGUCUAUCGUCUUGCAGUGUAUGCUGCCUUUGCCAGCCUGAUGGAGAACACUCAAAAUUUACAGCCCAUCAGGGGAUUACUGACCCCUCAGCUGGCAACCUCAGUCACAGCCUCCUGCCUGAAUUUUGUCAUCAUCAUGAUACUGAAUUUCUUAUAUGAGAAAAUAGCCAUCUGGAUAACUGAUAUGGAGAUUCCCAGAACUCAUAUGGAGUACGAAAACAGGCUCACUAUGAAAAUGUUUCUGUUCCAGUUUGUCAACUACUAUUCAUCCUGCUUCUACGUGGCCUUCUUCAAAGGGAAGUUUGUUGGUUACCCAGGUGCCUACACAUACAUGUUUAAUCGCUGGCGAAAUGAAGAGUGCGAUCCUGCGGGCUGCUUGAUAGAAUUGACGACACAGCUCACCAUCGUCAUGGCUGGCAAACAGAUCUGGGGAAAUAUCCAAGAGGCCAUUGUACCCUGGAUUUGUAACUGGUGGGGUCGCCGGAAAGCCAGAAAUAAUCCAGAAAAUUUAUACAGUCGCUGGGAGCAAGACCAUGAUCUGCAGACAUUUGGACCCUUAGGCCUGUUCUAUGAAUAUCUAGAAAUGGUCAUUCAGUUUGGAUUCAUUACUCUCUUCGUGGCAUCCUUUCCCCUGGCUCCCCUUCUUGCUCUGAUGAAUAAUAUCCUGGAGAUUCGAGUAGACUCCUGGAAAUUAACCACUCAGUACAGGAGACCUGUGGCUGCAAAAGCACAUAGCAUAGGAGUUUGGCAAGAGAUCCUGAAUGGAAUGGCCAUCUUGUCUGUUGUCACUAAUGCUUUUAUUGUUGCAUUCACAUCAGAUAUGAUUCCUCGUUUAGUUUACUACUAUGCUUAUUAUGAAAAUGAAGACUCACCUAUGUCUGGAUACAUAAACAAUAGUUUGUCAGUGUUUCAAAUCUCAGAUUUUCCUGACAGAAACAAGCCUAAACUGAAUCCAGGAAACUUUGUCAUAUGCAGGUACAGAGACUAUCGAUAUCCUCCAGAUCAUGAGAGGAAAUAUUUACACACUAUGCAGUUCUGGCACAUUCUUGCUGCAAAAUUGGCCUUUAUAAUUAUUAUGGAGCAUGUUGUAUUCAUCGUCAAAUUCUUUGUAGCAUGGAUGAUUCCUGAUGUCCCUGCAGAUGUGACAGCCAAAAUAAAACGUGAAAAAUAUUUAACACAGAAAAUCCUACAUGAGUAUGAACUUGAAAAACUGAAGGAGAGACUGUGUCAAGGUGAUAAACGAGCCACAGAAAAGGAGUUCAUCACCACAGAAGGGAGAAUGGAGUUAUCCAGAGCAAUGUAGUUGAGGAAACCGACGGUUUGGGAUUUAGCUCAUUUCAGCUUUUUUAUCUGUGAUUUGCUCAGUAUGCAUCAUCUUGAAAGCUACAGGACAGUUGCAACCCUUCGCUUUCAGUCC